AUAAGGUUGCUAGGUAAAACGUGAUAACUUUUAGAAUGUGUGCUUUCGAGAUACGAAUAGCGACCGAAGGCUGGAACGACUCAUUUAGUAUGUACAUACGUCCGAUGCAAUCAUGGUGUCUUAUACUCGUCUAAGUUCGAAUUUAUUCAGAGGACUGUCUGUUACGAAUAUCGUGCUAUGGAUAAUCUGCACUGGUCUGGUGACGGCCAUCACGAUUCGCUAUACAAAUCUCGCGGCUGGAUAUACGGAAAACUCAGUGGGCAAUUUAGAUUUUGUCUUUGCUGGAUUGUGGUCCAGCUUAUUUUAUGGAAUAGGUGGACUAGUUGGAUUGUGUGCCAGCUACGAAUGCAAGAAGCACCAGAUGAAAGUAGUGGCCGUUUUAUGUGGGCUUGGAUUUUGCGGAGCUAUCGUCGCCGCCGGAAUAUCUGGUCACAUCGCUGCUUACAUCACUGAAAAUAAAGAUGACACUAACAAUACGAUUUGCCAUCCAGAAGUAUUCUACCCUCCCGUGUUCACCGAAGUGCAGCUGGAACAAGACUGUAAGGUGUGGGCGAUUUUAGAGUACAUGUUAAUGGCAUACAGUAUUGCUGCAGUCGUAAUCAAUGCUAUUCUGUUAAUAUCCGUCGCAAUUGCUUUGACUGGACCGAAAAAGAAAAAUAAUUUUGCCUGAAAUGAUAGCCAUUGUCUCAAAACACGAUCUUUUAGAAAAUUAUGGUAGGCAUUUCUAUGUCAGGUGCACGCUUGGCACGUGUCACGUUACACAGGAUGUGUUUAUAGAGAUUCAUAUUUUUAUAUUGCUUUUAAUGCCAUUUUUUUUAAGUGUGUUAAAGAUAUGGUUGGUGGUCACGUUACGUGAUAAUCGUUGAUGAGUCAUGACACUGCCUUAUCUGUAUUUAUAUUAUUUAGCUCCACUUGAUAUUGAUUUUCCUUGAAGUUUGCUUUUUUUAAUGGUUGAAAAUUUUAACAAAAUUAGUCAAAGUAUUGGAUGCUUUCCCAUUUGAAAUGGAA